AGGAAAUUCCUGGCUGAGCAUCUGCAGCAGCACCUGUAGUCACACGACCUUGAUUUUGAGGUGCCUGGCCUGACGGAGACUGUCGCCAUCUUUCACAGCAGAGGAGGAGAUGGCGGAUUGGCUGCUCCCCAGCGCGAUGAAGAGAGCGGGCGGAGUUACUCCAGUCGGCACCAAGACCAAGGCCGCAAAGGGAGAGGGCAAGGGAGACGCGUCCCACGCCAACGCCAGGCUGCUGCGCCAGCUAGAAUCGAGGGUCAGGACCUUGGAGUUCGGAGCAGGCCUCACAGUGCACGGGCCCAGCGACGCGGAAGUCGUGACGGUGCUGCAGACUGCGAACCAGGAGUGCCAGAAGAAGGUCGAGGGCAAAGCCAAUCCGCACGGCCUGGGCCCUCCAGAGUUGCAGACUUGUGCCGCGCUUCUGAACGUUUUCAGCGGCCGGCUCGAGAAGAAGGGCACGCAGCAGGACAGCGCGAAGUACCUGACACAUGUGCCCAACAGACUGCUACUGAUGAUGCAGAAGGGCGACAUGCCCACGGCAAGCACAUGGAUCAAGGAGUGCAACGCGUCCAGGACUCAGAACGAGUCCAUCGGUCAAGGUUCUCGGCUCUAUUGUGUUGCCUGGCCCGAGGGCGGAGGGACCCAACCUUCUCGAGGAGCAGGACAGCCUCUGGAAGGUCAUCAAAGACAAGGACGCAGACCCCGAGGAGAAGGCUCGCGCGGCGGGCCGCGCCGUCAGGUCCCCCCUUGAGUUGGAGCUGAAAAGGUGUAGGGGAGGUGGCACAGGCAGAGCAUGUUGUGUAUCAGUUGUUUCGGGCCCUGGGCUUCAACAGUAAGCCUGGUAAGGCCCCACGCGGCAAGCUAGUGAGGCAAAUUAAGAUCGAGAAGUAGGAUGUGCGAGGUUGGGGAUGGGGUGGGGUGUGAGCGUGUUCCAUUGCGGGGAGGGGCCUCUGAGUUCCCCCGCGCUGGUGCUGCUGGCAUCUGCCCCACUCGUCUCAACUCAGGCUUAGAAGGCCCGCCCCGCGUGGGGUGUUCCCGCGCUUCGCGGGCCACCGUUCCACCGUCCUCGGACACCUGCCCGAAGACGUGGGCCCCCCAAAGUGGAGAGAUCAGACGCAACAGCACUGGCCCAGAUCGCACGCAGAUGCAGCAGGAUGCGACGUUGAGUUCGAAUGAGGAAGACAGACGGACGG